CAAGGCCUAAGAAAAAGGAGAGAGAGCUGGGAAUGGAUAAGGGGAGGGUGGAUAUGUAUAUAACAGAACAAACCGUGCUUGGCUGUGUCAAGAACCGUCUCGUCAGCCAGUCUGUGAUCGCUUCGGUGAUGGAGCAGUCGGAAAGGGAAUGCAUCAUAGCUGCUUCUGAAGAGGUUUCUCAGCAGUUCAAAACCCUGAUUAACACCGAUGAUCUCGACAAGCUCAAGCAAUUACAGCACCUCAUAUUGGGAAGGUUACAGGACAGCAAUGCAGUCUUAUCACAUUUUAAUGAAUACUCAGAGCAGUGUUUUGCAGAGAUUUCUGGUGAUUUAUCAAAGAAUACACGUCUUUUAAGGUCCAUGAAAUCAGACCUUGAUUAUAUUUUUCAGAAACUAAGAAGCAUGAAAGGGAAGAUCUUGGCUACCUAUCCAGAUGCAUUUCCUGAUGGUUCGACAGAAAAGAUACUUGACCAAAGGCCAGAUCUGGAAAAGCUUCAGUAACACCAUCUAUGUCCGUUUGCAUUGGGCUAACCUGGACGAAGUUGCAACUCCAAAGCACAAUUGCUUGCCAUAGUAGCAAGAGUUCAAAUCUUCACCCCACGGCUUGGCGCCCCAAAAAUGUCCCACACAAUAGAAACCCGCCGCGUGUCCUCCCACACGCAUGCCCCCUCAGAUCGUGCGGAUCCAAAUUGAAAAUUUCCCCCCAUUCCUGCUCAUACUGUCUCUUGAGCUGCCCUGUGUUACCCGAGUCCCUGACCUCUGCACCUCCCUCAUCUGAGAUUGGCGAGAAUUCUGGCGUGGACGACUGUUCUGGUAGGCACACUAGAGGUACCUCCCAUCCCUUGUUUGUGGCUGGGGUGGUGGUGGCGGCGCUGGUGCCUGUCAUGGUGGAGGGAUCUGUCAAGGUGGUGGGAACGCUCUCGCAGGAGGGGCACAUGGUCAGGGUGGUCGCUGGGAGUUGCAUGUAGAAGGGGUGGGCUCUUUACUCCUGCAAACUCCUGUAACCUCCUGCAACCUCCUGUUCUCUUCCGUCAGUGUUUCGCAGCACGCUUUAAAUACUCGUACUCUACCUCCGUUUGCUUCAACUUCGUCCAGUAGACGUUUUUCAAGAAAGAAAUGGAAAUUUAAUGCAAGCCCAUUUUCUCAAAACAAGUUUUUAAUCAACUCCCACUUCAAUCAAACAUAUAUUAUGCACAAAAUAGGAAAAUUAUGAACAGAUGAAUACUUGGCUCUUCUGUUAUGAAACCAGAGACUUCUACUUGGCGAGGACAAAGGUUAAAUUGUUUCACAAGCGCAAAGUUUUUGUUUCUGCAGUAUUUGUAAAAUGAACCCUAUAAGUUAAGAAAUAGAAGAAACUACUCCUUUCUCCAUUUUUUCUCCUCAAUCAUGAGAGGGAUGGAGAAUACCUCCGGUAUGUGAUGUGUCUGCUGGAACGGUUGUCGAUGCCGGAUUUUUUGCCCAGCUCAGAUGGGGGAGGAGGUACAGGGGUCAGGGUUGGUUAAACUGGGCAGGUUGAGAGACCGAGUAUGAGCAAGAAUGGGGGAAAAUUUUUGUUUUGGGUGAAAUUUGGCACGGUCCUGCGGGGGCAGGACACGCGGUGGGUUUCUAUUGUAUGGGACGUUUUUGGGGUGCCAGGCGGUGGGGCGCAAAUUCGAACUCCUGUAGCAAUGCAGUAUUUGAUAUGUUCUGUAAAGACUCCUUGG